AUGGCUGCGUCCUUGGCAUCUCUUUCCUACUCCAUUGAAACCAGAGCACAACCACAGUUAAACCGCUACGGUAGACUGUGCUACGACAGCCACAGUCUGCGUCCGUCGUGCCUUUCACCUCUCCCUCCCUCUAUCGGUAAACAUAUUACUAGCUGCUCUCGAACACGAGGGUCUAUGAAAAAACCUUGUGCACUCGACGGCGCCGUUAACGUGGAGGUUGACGAUGACGAAGAAGAAGAAGAAACUUGUGAGCUGGUUAACAGAACAGAAGUGUCAAUUGACGGUGUUGAAGCUCACCUGUUAACGGCGGUAAAGAAUAACAACGGAACUGGAUUGCUUCUACUCUCUGAUGUCUUCGGCUUCCAAGAUUCCUCGACCAGGGACUUCGCUUAUCGCAUCGCUUGCAAUGGCUACAAUGUUCUUGUCCCGGACCUGUUCCGUGGAGAUCCAUGGUCGAAAAACCGACCAGAGUCUCAGUACGAGGAAUGGAGAGGAGGACAUGAACCGAACCGAAUCCAACAAGACACAACAACCUUGACGGAAUGGAUGGUAGAUGAAUUUGCAGCGGCCGGGAUAUCCAAGAAACUAGGAGUGAUAGGAUUCUGUUUUGGUGGUGGACGCGUUGUGGAUGUUUUAGCCGCCGACAAGAACGCUUACUUCAGCACCGGAAUUUCUUUCUAUGGCACUAGAAUAGACUCUGCGGUUGCUGGAGACGUGAACGUCCCAGUCUUAUUCAUUGCCGGUGACAGAGACCCGCUUUGCAAAGUGGAUGCUUUGAAGGAAAUUGAGGAGAAGAUUGGUGAAGGGUCAAAGGUUGUGGUGUUUCAAGGAAGAGGCCACGGCUUUGUUCACAGGCCUGAGACACCUGAAGAUGAUAGAGACGCGGAGGAAGCCUUUGCCGUCAUGAGGAAUUGGUUACAUCAUCAUUUGCUGCUUGCGAACUAAUGAUUUUCUCUGCUUUAUGCCCCCCCCUACCCUAAAUUGAACCGGCUUCUUGUAGAUGCCUAGGUAUCCUGAAUUAAUAAAAAAACGUUAAUAAUGAAAUAAAUAAAGAGCAAUUUAGCUUAAAA